AUGGUAAAAACGACGACGACGCGCUCGUCUUCGUCGUCGUUUACGUCGUCGUCGUCUGAAUCGUCGUCGUCCGAUGACUGCGACGUGAACGACUCAGAAGAAGACGAACGAAAAGUGCCUCUCUCCGAUGAGAGGAUGAUGACAAUGAUGAUGAAGAUGGAAAGAAAGCUGAAAAAACACAGCAAACGAGUGCAAAAAGAUAUUCAAAAUAUCCUUUCGAUGGCAAAAAGUCACGCGAACGCGCACGCGAUAUCGACGAGAGAACACAUAAACGUGCAUUGGGAAACGACGCAUAUGUAUUGCGAAUCUAUAGAGAAAGCGGUGGAUUCUACGGAGGAUUUAAUGCAACGCGUGGUGUCGGUGGCGGCGUUCGCGGAGAAGUUGAGAGCGCUGGCGAAACGGACGAAAACGCUGAGGAUACAAGCGGAAGUUUUGGAGAAGAUGUGCGAGGAGAGAGGGAUACUCGUGGCAACAUCGGGAGGGAAGAGAGGAAAUAAUAACACGUCGUCGCCUCUAAGUCAUGGUGGUGGCGGCGGCGUUCUUUCGUCGUUGUCGCCGUUGCGUUUUUUUCGAUCCGGAUCGGCGUCGCCGAAGAAGAGGAACACGCCGCCGGCGUCGCCGUCUUCGAGGACGUCGAGAUCGAACGACGUUUUUGCGACUUCUCCUUUCGCGAAAGAAGACGACGAGAGGAAGAAAGAAGAAGAGGAGAGUAGAUCGUCGAUGACACCAGAAGUACAAACUCGACCACCUCUUCCUCCUAAAAAUCUUCCUUCUUCAUCAUCAUCCCCGACGCCGUUCGACCCUUCCAACAUCAUCGCCUCCGUCGUCGAACGGAAAAAGAUCGAACGGUUAGCCGAGUUGCGCGAAAUCGAACGCGUCAAAGAAGGUAAAUACGGCGUCGUCACCCCGUACGAAAACUCGUCACCGGCGGAGACGCCGAAAGGAGGCAAAUCAUCGAGUUUCGAAGAAGAGUACGAAAGAAAAGAAAAAGAGGUCAAAGUCGCUCUGGACGAAGUCGUACACUCGCUCGGUAAGAUGUAG